AUGCCCCCGGCCAAGAGGGGAAAGGGAUCUCCUGCUAAGAGGAAGCUCAGUUCUCUUAGCUCAUUUCAACCUACACUGAACUUUGGGAAGGCCCCAGCGAGAACGAAUUCCUCUUCGAGUGCGAGCACUCAGGCCAAGUCAUCAGAAACCAAGCUUGUUAAGGACAGUGACGAUGACAGCAAGCUCAUGCCCCCGCCUCCGGUCCCGUCUCGAACUCGGACCCGAUCGGCUUCAGGCUCAAAGAAGGGGAAGGAGAAAGCAGGAGAUGACAUCGACGAUUCGAUCGAAAUCAUAGACAGCGACGACGAAGUGAGCGAGGAAGAGAAGGCCCCUAGAAAGAAGCGGGCUCUUUCGACCGACACCGCCACGACGACCGGCGGUCUCUGGACGGAUGCUUACGCCCCCACGCAGGUGUCAGAACUAGCACCCGGAAAACAACGCGUUGCCAAGGUAGCCGAAUGGUUGUACGAGGCCGUCCAUGGCGUGCCCGAAUCGGUCGGGAAGUCUGGCGCACCCGUGUCGCAGACAACGCGCGAUCGGUUACGCAAGUACAGGACUACCACGGUCCGCGUAGUCGCCAAAGAGCUUGGGAUCGACCUCUCGGAAAGGAGCGAGGGUGUCGAGGAGCGUGGGCUCGGGAGCGGUUUUGCGAUGUGGGCAGCGGUGGGAGAGCCGAGGCGAGCUGGAUGGACCGAGAGAAUGGAGGAAGUGAGAGCAUUCUGGACGUGGUGGGACGUGAUGUGUUUGACGGGCCGUGGAGCGCCGAGAUCAACCCCCACGUUCAUCACGAAGGCAUUGAACCGAGUCCUCUCCAUGGCAAUCCAAGAUCCUGCCUUACGGCCGCCUGUCGGGGCGAUCCAGCUUAUCGCCCAGUCCAAUGGAGAUCUGCGGAGUGCCAUCAACUCGCUGCAAAUGCUGUCUUCGGGGAAAUCCCUGAAGGCCAUGGCUAAGAAGCGCAAAACGGACGCUCCCCGAGCGAAGGCAACCGGCCGCGGCAGUCGUGGUGGCAAGGGAGCGAAAGUAGACCUCAGCGACGAGAUUCGCACAGCAUCUGCCGCUGCCGCGUCAUCUGCGAGAGUUUCAACGAAGCAAGUCACUCGUACAGAUGGAGUCGACGCCUCAACAUUCGCACUUUGGCUGCACUCCAACAUCCCCAAGUUCUGCGAGGAGAUCGAGGAGUUUAGUGCUAUCCUCGACGAGUUCGGUUUAGCGGACUUGAUGCGCACAGACGACGACAUCGUGACGAAGCCUCAGUUCUUCGAGAGCUACCGCACCGAGCGCGACAACGGCGCCCUGUUGGACGUCGCGGCAGGGUACAUGGCUCGGAAAGCCGUCGCAUCGCACCCUGACUGGCCUAGCAAUGAGGGCGACGGAGCGGCGUCUUGGGGCGGGAUGGCCUCGAGAGCGGUUCUCGCAACAGAGCUGGUUCCCAUGGCGGUGAAAAUACAGCAUCUGACGAACAACCCGCUACUUCCUAUCUCGGUCCGCCCACUGACGAUGCCCCCUUACGUAACGUCGACGAUUGCAUCGUCGUCCGAGGAGCUGACGGAGACCUCGGGUCCAGAUGCUUCUGACCUGGGCCAUGCGCAGAUGGCCGGGGAAGAUGGCAUGGGUGACGUUCCUGAACGUCAGGGUUGGGACACGGAGGAGGCCGCCGAGCGUGCCGAGGACGAGGAACUGGGCUGGCUCGAGGACGACGACAUUGAGGACUGGGACUAG